AAAAUGUUCAUUGGCGGCCUCAACUGGGAUACCACAGAUGAGGGGUUGAGGAAGUACUUUUCGCAGUUCGGCAAGGUCGAAGCUUGUACAAUUAUGCGCGAUGCAGCUGGUCGCUCGCGAUGUUUCGCGUUCCUUACUUUCGAAGAUCCGGCUUCGGUGAAUGCGGUCAUGGUCCGCGAACACUUCCUUGAUGGCAAAAUUAUUGAUCCCAAACGCGCCAUCCCGAGACAAGAACACCAGCGAGCCACAAAGUUGUUCAUUGGAGGCCUGGCGGGAAGUGUAACUUCGGAAUCCAUGCGGGAGUAUUUCUCCCAAUUCGGAAAGGUCGUGGAUGCCACGGUCAUGCUGGACCGAGAAACUGGACGAAGCAAAGGCUUCGGAUUCGUGUCCUUCGAGAAUGCCAACGUUGAGCCCCUUCUAGGGUUCGGAAAUCUUGAGAUUGAUGGCAAACUUGUGCGUCCAAUGAUAGUCCUCAUCCUCCGAUGGCAUUCGGUAAUGCUCUUAUCUCUAGAUUGAUGUCAAACUUGCCCAACCCCGCUCGCAGCGCGAAGGCUUCACCGAGGGCGGCGCUGGCGGACAGGCCGCCGGAGCGUACAGC